CACAUAAUAAGCACCUGAAAAGUUUGGGGGAAAACUGCAAAAUUGUGUUGUAUUCCUAUUCCGGUUGCAGUAAGAAUCGACAGCAGACUGCAGUAGUAGAGGAACACGGCAAUCGCCAAUCAAUCAAUCAAUCCACAAACACACUCUUAUCGAUCUCCAAUUCAACGCCCUUUCCAGACUCAUCUAACCCAGCUCCUCUAAUCUGGUUCAGUCAUUUCCUCGUAUACCUGGGGCGCAUUCUCGUUUUCAAUCCUCUCAGAGCCACCCACGCCUCACUGCCAUGUUGCGGAGGUCGCUUUUGGAAAUAUCUUCUCGCCAAACGCUCAGAAGGAGCCCUAGAUAUGUUGCAAAUCAGCAGAUACCUUCACAUCUAUCAUCACAAAAGAAAUUAUCAACUGCAUCUAAACCAGAUCCUGCCCCUGCUCCUGGCUCUACAGGCAAACCACCAGAGUCUAGUGGUUCUCCAUCAAAGUUUCUCAUUGGAACUGUUGCUUUAGGUGCUGCUUUUCUAGCAGCUUACCAAACUGGUUAUUUAGAUAAAUAUCUUAAAAUAGAGCAGCUUGGUGCUCAUGAGGAAGCUCAGAUCAACGAUACCAAUGGAGACUCACAAAAUGUACAACCUUCAGUGGACCAGUUCAUUUCACCUCAUAGGGAGACAUCUAACAAUGAAAAUCUUGUGUCAGAGCAUGCAGAGCAGAAGGUUGAUAAUCAUUUUCCACAGCUAGAAAAUGCGAAAGAAGAUAAAGGUGAUAAGCCAAUUCAAGAGCAAGACAAAUCCGAUAUAGCCGUAGAUGUUACUGCUCCUACCAAAGAAAACCUGUGGCCUGAACAUCCUCAAGGCAAUCUAACAUCUGAUGAUCAAAGUAAAGCAUCUGUAGUGCAAUCUGAAGGGAGUUUUGGCAUAAGAAGCACAGAUACUGUUACUGCCCCUAGAUUGGAACAGGGAAUACAACACACAUCCACAUCCACACAGACUAGUACAGCUCUGGAUGAAAAUGGGAUGACAAACAUUCAACCAAAACAACAAGAAGUGGAGGAGAGAAGAGAGAAUGCAUUGGAUAAAGAUAGGGAACAUCAACCUGGUCUCCUUGAGGAAUAUCAUUUAAGGAAUGGAAGAAACCAUACUUACGGCCAUUUUUCUGUAGAAAAAGAGGCACUUAAUGGUGCGACAAAGGGAUUGCAAGGUGGAUAUAUUUCUGAGGAUGGGAAACUGAUUCUUGAUUUCAUACAAGCCAUUCAUGCUGCGGAAAAAAGGCAGGCUGACUUAGAUUCACAUGUUUUUAAUGAAGAGAAGAAAGUGUUGAAGGAAAAAUAUGAAAAGAAGUUGAAAGAGGCAGCUGCCAGGGAACUUAUGCUUGCUGAAGAGGCUGCAUUGUUGGACAAGGAGCUAAAAAUUUGUCUUUGGAAAUUGCAGGAAGUUGAAACAGAAAUCAAGCUGAAUAAAGCUCAGGAAUUGUCUAAGGCAGAGUUAAAUGCAGCCAUAGCAAAAGAGAAGGCAGCCCAAAUUGAAAGAAUGGCUGAAGCAAAUAUUAAUAUCAAUGCCUUAUGUAUGGCAUUUUAUGCUCGAUCUGAAGAAGCUCGUCAAAGUCAUGCUGCUCAGCAUUUUGCAUUGGGAGCUCUUGCACUGGAAGAUGCACUUUCCAAAGGAUUGCCAAUUCAGACAGAAAUAGCAUCGUUGCAGUCUUCUCUUGAAGACACGGAUAAAGAUUCAAUUUUGAAUUUAGUGCUAUCAUCCCUUCCAGAAGAGACUCGAAACAAUGGCACAGAAACACCACUGCAGUUAAAGCAGAAGUUUGAUUCCUUAAAAGGGACAUUACGACACUUCAGCUUCUUCCCACCAGGAGGUGGUGGUAUAUUGGCCCAUUCUUUGGCACAUAUGGCAUCUUGGUUGAAGGUUAAGGAAGCUGACCAAUCUGGCGAAGGGAUUGAAUCUGUGAUUAAUAAAGUUGAGAAUUACUUGGCUGAAGGAAAACUUGUUGAAGCAGCCGAAUUACUAGAAGAGAGUGUAAGAGGCACCCAAGCUGCAGAAGUUGUUGAAGGUUGGGUGAGGCAAGCAAGAAACAGGGCUAUUUCUGAGCAAGCUGUUGUUUUCCUUCAAUCCUAUGCUAAUUCUAUUAGCUUUACAUAGUUCUCAAUUUUUGAAUAUUUACAUAUGCCAUGUUGAUUUAGUACCCAAGUCUGCAGAGUGAGUUUAUACAUAGUUCGAGGAUGCCACCGGGAGGUUCCUGAAUUGUUGACCCAAAGGGAUAACAUUCUUGUUUAUGUUCCAUAGCUGCUGAAAUUUGUAGCCCCAAUUUCAGUCUGUAUAAUUUCCGUUUCCUUACCCCAAAAUGACAGAAAUCUUGCAUUGGUCACAUGGAAAUUUUAAUAAUAUACCUCAGGCUACCAGGACAAGGUUGGAUGCCAAAUAUGUGUAUCUUGAUUUGAAUUUCAUGCAUUCUUCUC